CUUACACAGGUACUCCUUAUCAGAUGAUAAAGGGAAAUGUCAUGUUUACUCAAAUGUUUACUCAAAACAUUUACUGACAACCAUCAGGGCCUUAUAAAUAUUCUAGAAUAUUCUAUAUUUUUAUAGGCUGAACGUAGCUGAGGUCCUUAAAUACUUUCCAGUUAUUUUUGUUUCUUAUAGAAAGCAGCGGUCUGUAAAAAGGAUGACUCAAUUUAUUAUUCCAUCAUUAGGUAAGCGUGACGGUAAACAGAAUGUGUUCUAAAAGCCUGCAUCACCUUGUGUUAUUGAUGUUUGGAUACUAGAAUCUGGCAGAUUAAUCUGAUACAGCAAAGAAUUCAUAUUAGCAAAAAUACUAUAUGAGAUAAGGACUUUUUAAACUCUGAUACAAAGCAGAUAAUAAAUAGAUUUCAAGCUAAUGCCUUCAGAACAGACAACAGAUAUGUUGCUUUAAAGUAAACAGAUUAUGAGGAUUGCAGUGGUUAUUUAAAAGGAGAUACAAAUAAAAUUCUUGGAUAUAAAUACCUUCUAGAAAUAUAACUUGCAAGUAAGGACAUAGAAAGACAGUUACGUGGCCUGAGUAAUUAAUUUGGGAGGCCUUUUCUCCUUUCUUUAAAUGUAUCAAAAACUGGCUCUGCAGAAGCAUACUCCAAAAUUGUAGACCAAAGUAGUCUGCAGUAGUCUCUUGCUGUGAAGAUGCAAGACAGGAGCAACCGGAGAAAGAAUCUCUUCUGUCCUUGAUGCUGACACUGGGCAGGAGAAAAGCUGGUAAUGUAACGGGAGAGCAUACAUGUAAGCUGCUAUUUAUAUUUCUGUUGUGAUAUAAAGGGCUUUUAUAUAGAUCAGUUCUUGCAAAGUUUGACUGAUAUAUUGUGCUUAUCACCUAUUUAAUUUUUAUCAGACUUCUUUAUUACUAGUAAAAGUUUUCUAAAACCACAAAGAGUUGUAGUAAUACUCUUUUUAUUUGUGAAUUUCAUGCAGGCAAUCCUGUACAGGUGACUCAGCCUUCUAUUUCUUCUUUUCUAAAAGAACCUACUGCACUUCAGACUUCCAAAAGGACAAAGCCUAAUGGCUACUCUCCUACAAAUAUAUUGUUGUGGUAAGGGCUCAGUCUGAAUAGUGUAUUUUUUAACCUUAUGAUCAGGGGGGAAAAAAUGAGGAAGCAUAAGUGUAUAAUAGAAAGCAAUAAAGUGAUUUUAAAAUAUUUCAAACAGAAGAAUUUUGCUAGCAGGAAGAGCUGGAAAUUUACGCGGUAUCAAAACUCCAAUAAAAAGAAAGGGUUUUUUUGUUUUUGGCCUAGCUCUCUAUUUCUGUCAAGGAGGAAUAAAUUAAGUAGUUAGAUUUUUAAUCAUGAUUUUUCAGAUUAACAAAAGCAUUGUUUAAAAAACACCAUGGGAAAUGAACGAAAAUCAAAAGAAGAAAUACUUAUACCAAAACCAAAAGAAAUAGGUGUUAGAUCCUGUUUGCUGUUGGACAACUUUUUUUCAAACAAAAAAAAAACUUAGAAGAUUGAAGGCUGAAGUAGUUAGUAUCUUUUAAAAUAUGUAUUGUAUCGGCAAUUGUAUCAGCAAACUGGGAAGAGUGGUAAAAGCACAGGGGCUUUGCAAAAGUGCCUCACGUGAUACCUUCUAUUCUCAGCAUAGGUUAAAAUUAGAACUAGGCUGAUAUGACAUUGGUGUCUGAGUAAGAGUUCUAAAUGGUUUUAGUAGUACAGACAAGAUUCAUAACUUAUCUCUGCUCUUGCCCAGAAAGCAAUGAGUCAUGGAAAAUGUUUGAAAACCCCAAAUAAUUUAGGUAAGUUGUUCUUAAACUCUCUUGGAUGAUUGGUGGUGCAGUUGUUGAGAGAUCUAGUUACAUGGGAGUAAGUUUGCAGCUGUUUGACAGCCGCACUUGAGAAUUUAUUUCUGAAUCAUUGGUGUGGUUAUUAUGUUUUUUUAAUUUUCCUGACAAAUCCUAAGAUAUAAGAACAAGAAGCUUUUGAUGAUAGUCCUGUUAUUAUAUAAUUAAAUCUCCUUGAAAACAGAAGCCUAUCUCUAGGGCCUCUUAUUCUAAAGCGGUGUUUAUUAAAUGAUCUGCCUUUCACUGCAAGAGAGUUGCCAAGUGUAAGCUUUCAUCAGAGAAAAAGAAAGUACUGUUUUGACUGUAUAGUCCAAUACUGUCUUUUAUGGUUCAAGUAUCAAAGAUAUCUCUUUAGAGACUUGCAGCCUCAUUGUCUAUUUUCUGUGCAAUGUAUAUAAAAAUAUAGUUUUCUACCUGAAAAGGCUUAUAGUUUAGUAAAUGUCUGUAAACAAUGAGAAAUAAUAGAUCAGGUAGAUCAGUUAAUCUCAGUAGAAGGUUACUCCUGAAAAAUAAGGCAACUUAAAUUGCAACGCCUAACCAGAGCAGAAAGCUUUAUACAGUGUUUUAGUCAUUACUGCUACAUAUUGGGAUGAGGAAUGGGAAAGGUAAUUACUGAGUACUGCUAAAGGAGAAAUUAAUCCCUAAAGUACAGCAUGUAAGUGUGAUUACAUUUAUGUAGGGGAAGGAAAGAGGAUACAAUCCAUUCUUUACAGGAAAAACCUCAAUCCCUUUUUAGGAAUGCAAAUGCCAGACUGCAUUGUGCCAUGCUGUGGAUGUCAUUUGUGUCACCUGUCAAAUCCUGCCACUUUUCCUUAACAAACAGUGAAGAGUUAAGAACCAUUGAUAUCAAAGUAUUGGACCAGAUGCUCCUUUAAUCCAGCGUUGUAAUUUAAUUUUAUACUGUCUUUAUAAAGCUGAUACAGUCACUGAUGCAUUGAGCCAGAAGUUCACAAUCACACCCUGGUGGCUGAAUCAGAAUAUGUAAGAAUCAUGACUGAAACUGCUGUUUGUGUUGGAUCGUUCACUGCUGUGAAGACACUUUGGGAAGUGAGAAUACAGAAAAUAAAUGAUGAAUUACGUAAAGAAAAGGAAUUCAGACAGAGAUCUGCAGGAAGACUAAUACUUGUCUUGGAAGAGAGAGCCACUUUAGCAAAGCUUAAGGAAAAAGUUAUUAAUGAAGAUGGGAGAGCAAUUUUAAGGAUAGAGGAAGAAGAAUGGAAGACACUACCUUCAUGCUUACUGAAACUCAUCCAUCUCCAGGAAUGGCAUCUCCACAGAGCUAGUUUACAGAAAAUACCUCACUUCAUUGGAAGAUUUCACAGUCUUGUUGUUCUGGAUCUAUCCCGGAAUUCAAUUGAAAGUAUACCUAAAGAAAUUGGCCAGCUGACUAGCCUCCAAGAGCUGCUUCUCAGUUACAAUAGAAUUAAGUCUGUUCCUAAGGAAAUAAGUAACUGCAUCAGUCUGGAAAGAUUGGAACUGGCUGUUAACAGGAGUAUCUGUGAUCUUCCUUCUCAGCUCAGUGAUUUAAAGAAUCUUUCACAUGUAGACUUGUGCAUGAAUCAGUUUACUACCAUCCCCUCAGCUCUUCUCAAUAUGCCAAGUCUAGAAUGGUUAGAUAUGGGCGGAAAUAAACUCCGAGAGCUUCCUGAUACAAUUGACAGAAUGCAGAAUCUCCAUACUUUAUGGCUCCAAAGGAAUGAGAUAAACUCUUUGCCAGAAACCAUUGGUAAUAUGAAAAAUCUGAGUACUCUUGUCCUCAGCAACAACAGACUUAAGGAUAUUCCUGCUUGUAUGAAGCACAUGACAAAUCUAAGGUUUGUCAACUUCAGAGACAACCCACUGGAGCUGGAGAUAACACUCCCUCCAUGUGAGGACACAGAAGAGGAGGAGGAACGCGAAAUGUUUGGCAUUGAAUUCAUGCACUUGUAUAUUCAGGAAUCACUCAAGAAAGCAGAUUUGUAUUGAGGGCAGGGGCUCUUUUCUCAGCGCCUGGCAAACUAGGUCUUUAUAUGAACAGCACAUAUUCUUGCAGCAAUGCACUGCAACCAGUGCAACCACUGUGCCCAAGUUAUGUACAACCUGGAUAAUUGGAAGCUAAUGACUAGAUUGUAUUUGCAAUUUAAGUGGAGUCAAAUAGUGUGGGUCUUCUGAGAUUGUUUGUCCCACGAAGCUCAACU